AUGGGAAACAGCUUGGGAGGGAGGAGGAGAGUGAAAGUGAUGAAGAUAGACGGCAGUCUCAUCAAGGUGAAGCACCCAGCGACGGCGAGGGAUGUGCUGCGGGGCCACCCAGGGCACGUCCUCCUGGAGUCGGAGCAGGUGAAGCUGCUCGGCCAACGGGCGAGGCCCCUCGACCCCGACCUCGCCCUGAAGCCGAAGAAGCUUUACUUCCUCGUCCAGCUCCCGGAGCCUCCUCCCGUGCCGCCCCCCGAAUCCCGCGGCCCGCAGCUGACCUCCCGGCGGGUCCGCUCCGGCAUCAAUAUGUCCGCUAAGGACCGCCUGGAGAGCCUCAUGCUCUCCCGGAGAGCUGCCUCCGAUAUCACCUUCUCGAGAUUGCCCCCCACCGGGACCGCCAUGGGGUACGGCAGCGGCCAAGGGGACAGCAGCGGGCCGCUAAGGAUCCGCAUGAGGCUGCCCAAGGCGGAAGUGGCGAAACUGGUUGAGCAAAGCAAGGACCCGGCCGAGGCAGCGAAGAGAAUCAUGGAGCUCUGCGUCGCCAGAAACCAUGAGGCUGCAGGAGGAAAAACAGUUAUCGAGGCGCCGGCACCGGCAAAGGAGGUCAGCGGACCCCUUCGGGAGAAGAAAGAGGUAACCCCCUUCGAAAACUGACGUUAGCGCCUGUUAUUUUGGAUAAUCCACCUGCAAAGUAAACUCUCUCCAGACGUAGACUCAUCUUGGUCCUCCGCCGUCUAUAACCAACCACACAAGAGUGAACCAUAAACUCGUUGACCUGGUAAAUGAGCGAGCUGAGCGGGCCUCAAUGUUUUCUCAGCCUCUGACCAACCAAUUGAGUCAACGCCCUCGGUGAUAGCCCUCGGAUUCGAACCAAAAAAAAAAUUCCAUCCCGGAAGCAGUUCUCGUUGGUUCCAUUUCGUAGCACCAUCAUCAUUAUUUAAAUAUUCUCCUUUUUCGUUUAAUCACAAGCUCUUCCUAACCAAACACAAAGCAAGAAUUAGCUCUCUCUCUCUCUCUCUCUCUCUCUCCCGAUCGUCAUCGUCAAGAAAAAAAUUAUUAGCGUAUUUGGUUGUGACCAACCGCAAGAAAGGGAAAGCACGCCUACAACCGGAGGCAGAUUUUUACGCGGUGAAUAUGGGAGAAGAAAUUCCCUCGAAACAGGCACUUGAUUCAGACCAACCUAUCUCCCAUUUCACCUUCUGCUCGAGAAUCUCACCAGACGUUAUUAUAUCGACUGCACUUGCCAUUCUUACGCCAACCAUGUUAGACCCUCCCAAUUUCCACCUUCUCCGGCGACGUAAACCGCCGGUGGAGCCACGAAUCUCCCCCAACCUCCCGCCGGUUAACCCAUCAGUGAAGGAAAGCGUUCACUGUGGUCUGCGGCGGGUAGCCUUCCUCGAUGGGGCUAAUGGCGAUGGACGGCCUGACUCUCUCUCUUUCCGUUCUAAUAUCCCUGUCUCCAGCUUAGUCCUCCGUUGACGACGACGGAGCAGCCUUGCUACCACGUGGUGUAUGGCUUCGUCUGAUUGGACGCAUUCCUCGGUGUGGGCUCAGAGGCUCAGAGGCCAGGGCUCUCCAUGGCCAGGGCUUCCUUCUAGGAGAUGUUCCGUAGUUUAAUGGCUACACUUCGGAGUUCACAGAAUAUUUUGUGAAUAUACGAUGUUUCCAACGUCCAGAAUUCAAAUUUUUUUCAUACAAUCAUCUAACCAGAGGUUCCUGUCGUCUUCUUCCUUUUUUUGAAUAUUCAGAAGCGGAUGAGAUUCGCCCUGCCGGAGGACGAGGUCGUCAUCUAG